AUGUUGUGUUUGUUUCCCGCUAGUCGAGUGUAGAGAGAGUCAGAGUCUGGAUCUGUACGUCUCCAUCACUCACAGCUCUGCACGUCAGUCUGGAAUCUCUGUGAGUUUGGAAGCUCCGCCCUUCUUUCUGCUUAACUACAUCAAAAGUGACCGACACGGAUAAGAUGCCGAGAGGUUCCUACAAUGCGGCAGACAGUGGUGAAGGUCAUGGCACUGACUCUAAGACACGACGAGAAGCUCAACACUCAGGAGGAGACACUGCAUGGAGCAGGUGGUCCAGACUGACUGCAGUGUGUGAGAUGCUGCUGUGUGUUCUCCUGCUGACUGCCAUCACAGUGCUGUGGAUUAAUUACCACAUCCUGAAGACAAAAUACGAGUUACAGACCAGCAACAACAACCUGACUGUAGCGAGAGACCAGUUACAGACCUGUAACAACAACCUGAAUACAGAGAGAGAGCAGUUUCAGAGGGAGAGAACCCAGUUACAGAGGGAGAGAGAUGAACUCCAGAGGUUUUUAGAACAGGGAUUAAGUACAGGAUGGAAUUAUUCCAGCUCCAGUGUUUACAUCGUCAAUAUUGAGCAGAAGACCUGGACUGAGAGCAGAGAGAGCUGCAGAGUGAGAGGAGCAAACCUGGUGAUCAUAAACAGCACAGAGGAACAGGAAUUCGUCAAUAAACUGCGGGGUGGAGGAAGAGCUUGGAUUGGUCUGAGUAACAGAGAGAACAAGUGGAAGUGGGUGGACGAUACAACACUGAUCACUGGGUUCUGGGCAAGUGAAGGACCAAACAGUGCUGCAGGAAAAGAUCGUUGUGUUGUAAUUGGUAAAACAUCUGAUCCUGUGAAGAACUGGGGUGAUGAUUCCUGUAAUGAACAGUUUAAAUAUAUCUGUGAGAAGAAAAUCUCUAACUGAACUGCUGUAUGUGAAUGAAAAGCAGUGAAUUGAAUGUACAUGUGUAUCUGUGUGUGUGAGUGUGUUGUGUCUGUAAAAUCCUCAUUACUGUUAAUAACUCUGUAACCAUGACGGUGUCACCUGUUUAUCUUUCAGAGAUUAUUUUUCAUUCAGGUUUGUUUAUGAAACGCUACAGAUUCUACAGUAGUGACGUGUACAAACACCAGAGCUGUGGGCUUUCAUUUGGGAUUUAACUGCAUUUGGACGACUUUACAGUCAUGUGUGUGUGUCAACAUGGCCACCAGAUUAACUUAGUCUAAUCUAAUUUAGGUGUUGCACCAUUAAUAAAUAAAUAAAGAUAAGUAAAGAUAACUAGCUUUCCGUUAUACAGUCAACCCCCGUGAGGUCGCGGUUCAGAGUUCACAGCCUCAGUCGUUCUCAGAUUUUUCCCUUAGAAUCUAACUAAUAAUUAUUUGCAAAAACCCCCCAAAAAUGUCCUCCACCAUUUUUAUAUAUAUAAUAUAUAAUAUUUUAUGCGCUUUAACUCUAAACUAUUAAGAACAAUAUAAUUAACUAAUUUUGUAACAUAAAUAUUAAUGUAAAUUCAGCCAAAUUUCCAUAUAAAAUAUAAUACUGUAUAUUUUUUUAGUUCUGUAGAGAGAACACAAAGCAACUGUAGAGGAAAAUGCAGCUUGGGACGGUGAAUUAUUACCGUAUUUACCCUCCAGUACUGAUACCACAGAAAACAACAUCGUAUACAGAAGGAAACACGCUUGCAUGAUUUACAGUACAUACAGAGGUAACAUCUGUAUUUUAUAUUCUAGCACUGCGGGAGACACAGCAGUACAGUUCUGUACAGUAUACGGGUUUACAUUAAUAAUUUUUUAUGGUAAUCUAUUAAGCUGAGUUUAAAAUGUAAUUAAAGUGUUUAGGGGCAGAUUUAGGGUGUAAACUAUAAAAAUAGUAAUUUAUAGACAUUAUUUUACCUUAUCCAAAAUUUGCAUUAUUUUUUUUAUUUAUUUAUUUUUUUUAUUUUUUACAAUUUAUAGGUGCUCUAAGAACGUAACUCCUACAAUUUUCAGGAGUCAACUGUAUAUGUUUUUGCCUGUAGCACUGAUUCUGCACAUACACACAGCAUUCAGGACACAGAGACCACAUCUCCCCUAAGAGUCAGCAAAU